AUGCUGCUGCGCUACGCCAGAACGCGAAUCACUUUUGUCUGUGGACCGCCACCGCCGAGUCUACCGGGGAAAGCGGUUAAACCGAGGAAAGAGGUUAAAAUCGAUCCCACUUUCCUCACAUCAGUGCCUGUCAGAGACGGAGAUUUUGCUCCUGCUCCAACUUUGCCACAAAACUUGUGUCCUGCAGACACCACCGCCGCCAUCCGCAACCCCGACCGGUCUUCUAGUGGUAGCCCCUACAUCAGCGAUGUGAGAACCAAGUGUUCGGUCGCCGGUGAUGCCGUUGACUUUCUCUUGCCGCCAAAACCUACUACCUCGUCACGGGGCCCCUCCACCAGUCCGGCGAACUCUAGUUCGCGAGAUCUGGAAACCUACCCGUGGCUGUCUACACAUGAAGGGGACUAUUUUUUGCCCUCAGGAGAAUGCACCCAAUCCACUAGCCGCGCCAUUUUCAACAACACCGUCCUUCGGAAGUCGUAUCUGCGACAUCGUAUUUCUGAUGAUUCUGCGCCUAUGCCCUCCUACUGUGACCCAAUCGGUUUAGAAAGAAGGCAUCCCAGCUACAACAACAGCAACGAUAGCGACGGUGAGGAGGACGAUCGCGAACGCGACCGUCGACGAGGUCGCGAGGAAGACAGGAUUGCUUGGUCGGCCAGAGAGAUUGGAGAUGUACGGGAUGACGGUGAUGUUCGGCGAGGCCUCUUCCUGCCAUCUCCGCCAUUUUCAUUUAGGGAGUCACGGUCGUAG